UGAGGCUCCUUGCUGGCUGAGUGUCCCUUUGUCCCUCCUCUCUCUCUGCACAGCCCCAAUGACAGCGGGGACCCCCGGACCCAUGCCAUCCUGAUCCCGGCCCCAGAAUGCCGGACACAGAGCCGGACAGAGGCAAGAAAGCCCAGCAGGAUGGGGAACGGGCAGAGCCGGCUGCCAGCCAGCAUGGCACGACUGGGGUCCUGGAUAAACUUUUUGGAAAACGUCUUCUGCAAGCUGGUCGAUACAUUACAUCCCACAAGUCCUGGAUGAGGACUGUGCCCACAGAAAAUUGUGAUGUGGUCAUGACGUUUCCAGAUACUACUGAUGACCACACACUGCUAUGGCUGCUGAACCACAUCCGCCUGGGUAUUCCAGAGCUCAUCAUACAGAUUCGACAUCACCGACACACCCGUAUCUACGCAUUCUUUGUCACGGCCACCUAUGAAAACUUGCUUCGUGGUGCGGAGGAGACUGGCUUGCGUAAGCCAGUAAAAGCAGAGUUUGGGGGUGGAACUCGUGUCUUCUCUUGUGAGGAGGACUAUAUCUACCAGAACAUUGAAAAUGAGCUGAAUUUUUUCACAUCUCAGGAACGUCAGAGCAUCAUCAGGUAUUGGAUGGAGAACCUCCGAGCCAAACACGGUGAAUCUCUGCACAAUAUACACUUCCUCGAGGGACAGCCUAUCAUCCCAGAACUUACUGCUCGUGGGGUCAUCCAGCAGGUAUUUCCUGUCCAUGAACAGCGAAUACUGAGCCGGCUCAUGAAGUCUUGGGUCCAGGCAGUAUGUGAGAGACAGCCACUGGAUGACAUCUGUGACUAUUUCGGAGUGAAGGUUGCCAUGUAUUUCUCGUGGUUGGGGUUCUACACUUCAUCGUUGGUCUAUCCUGCUGUCUUUGGUAUGAUGCUCUGGUUUUUCACUGAGUCUGACCAGACUAGUCGUGAUAUCUGCUGUGUUGUCUUUGCACUUUUCAAUGUGGUUUGGGCUACUCUAUUCUUAGAGGGCUGGAAACGAAGAGGAGCAGCGCUGGCUUACAAGUGGGGGACACUGGAUACCCCUGCAGAAUUUAUCGAGGAGCCUCGAUCCCAAUUCAGGGGUGUCAAGAGACUCAGCCCAGUGACCAACUCUGAAGAGUUCUACUAUCCACCUUGGAAACGUCUCCUGUUCCAAUCCUGCGUCAGUCUCCCCAUCUGUAUGUCAUGUCUAUGCUUUGUGUUCAUCGUGAUGCUUGCUUGCUUCGAGCUUCAGGAGUUUAUGCUCAGUAUCAAGGAGCUCCCUCGGGUUGUACGCUUCUUCCCCAAAAUCCUUCUUGCUGUGAUAGUUAGUUCUUGUGACGAGGUUUACAGGAAGAUUGCGUACUGGUUAAAUGAUAUGGAGAAUUAUCGUUUACAGAGUGCCUAUGAGAAGCAUCUCAUCAUCAAAAUAGUUUUAUUCCAGUUUGUAAAUUCCUACCUGAGUCUUUUCUACAUUGGAUUCUACCUCAAGGACAUGGAGAGACUGAAGGAGCUCCUGCUUGUUUUCUCUCUUCCCCAAAGCUUCACCCGUCAGAUUAAAGAUGCUCUUCUCCCUUUCCUCACCCUCCAGUUUCACCUGUUUCUCAUCGUCCUCAGGGCACUUCUCAGAUCAGCCGUGUGCCUCUUCAGAUCUAAAAUGCUGGCCACGCUCCUGGUCAUACGCCAGUUCCUGCAGAACAUAAAGGAAGUCUCACAGCCCCACCUCUACCAGAAAAUACAGCAAGGAGAAUUGAAUCCACGAUCAGCCUGGCUCAUUGUUCGCUAUGCCUUGAGGAGGCUGAUGCAAAAGUAUGCUUUCCCUCAGUGCCCACCAAUGUCAGCUGGAGACCCAAUGGAAACCGGUACUAGUGGACGCAAGAAGUGCCUGAAUGGAGGGUGUGGAGUGCCAGAGGAAGAGGAAGAAGGGUUGGCAUCUGAAGAUGACGAGACAGAAGAAGAAAGUAUUAUGGAUUGUGGACUAAAGUUAAAGAGAGUUAGUUUUGUGGAAAAGGGAGAGAGGAGAGGGGAAGGUUGCUUGCAGCUACAGCAAGAGGAGGAUGAGGGAUUCCUGCAGGAGGGUAGCCCUACUAUGGUUGAAAGGGGCAGUGACCCUGCCUCAGUGUUUCAGCUGGAUGAGGAUGAGGAGGGAGAGGGCCUGGGUCUCCAAGACGCAGUGGUUGAGGAGGAAACUGGGGUAAAGUUGAGGCAGCACAGAAGGAGAAAGAAAAGGGCAACUGUGGAGGAAGAAUUGAGUAGAGAGGGAGAGGAAUUUGAAGAAGAGUGGGAAAGGAAACAAAAAAGAGAGUCAUGGAUGGACCCGCCAGAGGAGAAUUAUCCCACAAAGCUGUCACAAGCAGAGGUGGAAAGUUGCAUGAAAAAGUAUGAGGAUACUUUUCAGGAUUAUCAAGAGAUGUUUGUGCAAUUUGGUUAUGUGGUCCUCUUCUCCUCUGCCUUCCCUCUCGCUGCGGUCUGUGCCCUUGUCAAUAACAUUAUCGAGAUCCGCAGUGAUGCCUUCAAGUUGUGCAGUGGGUUUCAGAGACCGUUUGGUCGUCGUGUGGAGGGUAUAGGACAGUGGCAAAAUGUAAUGGAGGCCAUGGGUGUUAUAGCCAUAAUAGUGAACUGCUAUCUGAUUGGUCAAUGUGGGCAGCUACAAAGACUGAUCCCCUGGCUGGGACCUGAAUCUGCAAUUAUAUUUAUUGUGAUUCUAGAGCAUUUUGCUCUGCUUCUAAAGUAUAUUAUACAUGUGGUAAUACCUGACAUCCCAGGAUGGGUGGCUGAGGAGAUGGCAAAGCUGGAAUAUCAAAGAAGAGAAGCUUUCAAGAAACAUGAGCGGCAGGCACAGCACCGCUACCAGCAACAACAGCGCAGGAAACGAGAAGAAGAGGAACGGCAGCGGCAUGCUGAUUACCAUGCCCGAAAGGAGCGUGAGUCUCGGGGAGGGGAAGAAGGAAGAUCCUCUGGACAAGACUCACAAUCCCAUGAAAAGAACACAAGUAAAUCUAAGCCAUGCGGCUCUUCUGGUGGGAUCACCCAUGACAAACCGAAGAGGCCUAGCUCACUGCUGGCCAGCAAUAAUGUGUUAAAACUUAAGCAAAUCAUCCCCCUGCAGAGCAAGUUUUUGUCAGGGACCAAUGCCAAAUCUCCACAAUCGCCUCCAGGAGGAGAUACCAAAAUACCAAGCUUCCUCAACUUUAAGUUCUUAAAAUCCCCAGAGACAAGGAGAGAAGCAGCACCAGAGAGAGCCCACUCUCCAACUAAGCCUUUUCACCCUGGCAAGCUCUUUAACUUUGGUGGUAAGGGAGAAGGACAGAUGGGGGGCAAUGGUGUUGGUGCUCCCAUUUCCACGCAACCACGAGGGGCAGCAGGUGUGGUUCCCUCCUCCGAUGGAUCAGUGCCUGGCAAGUCCCAGCUUAAUGGGAUUUCAGAGGACAUACCCAUGGAUGAUGGGGAGGACCAGGUUAGGCCGCAUAAACAGUGAACCUUGCCUUCCUUCAAAUCACCUUAAUUCUUCUUGCAGCGUAAAGGUCUAGAGGCCCUGUUGGAAGUUUGUCAUAAGCAAGAGGGUGAAAAGGAAAUCUCUCUCGCAUGGAUCCUUUGGAUUCAUAGAGGGAAGAAAUCGACUAGCCUAAAAUGUCACCAAUGUCCAGUGAUACAGAGCAUUACUGUGUACAUUUGUAUAAUCCCGGGGCAAGAAAUUACUGCAUUGUAUAAUGAUGCUGAGUAUCUUUAUACACUUCUAGCCUUCUGCACAAUGAACAUGCUGUGCUGUUUAAUGAUGCUUAGUAUCUCUAUACACCUCCAGGUUUUGAUAAAUUAAUUCCAUUAGUCAUGAAAACAUGGUGUGCGGUAUUAGAAUGAGGUACAAUGCAGAGGUUUUUUUCAUCUAAAAGAUACUCAUGGCUAUAUGAUUGCUAAAAAUAACCAAUACAUUUCGUAACACCUUGUUGUGGACAUGUCAAGGUGCAUAAUUUUACUGAGCAUACCAGUAGUAGAGAUGGUCAGCCUAUUCAUCUUUAACAUCUAGCCAUGGGCCAGGUGGAGAUAUUCGUUGUUGUCCAGCAGAACAUCGUCCAUAUUUCUCUAUAGUAAAUGUUUCCAUGACUUUCUCCCUUUUGAAUUGUAAAAUAACUACAGGCUCACAAUACAGCGGAAGGGUUCCAGAAUAAAACACGGUUUGUAGGAGAUGUUUGAAGAUCUCAUGCAGUGCCUUAUUGCAGGCCACUGUGGCUGUAGAGAGGUUAACACCUAGAUUUUUAGCAGUUUACUGCAGACAAGUUUGUGCAGGCCAAUCACCCUGACUGUGGUAAUCCCCAACACCUCCUUAAUGUUUUUAAACCCUUUGCUGCCAAAGGUUCAUAUUUACACAACGCAGGGCAGCUCCUCUAACAGCAAAGGAGCUUUAAUAGCAUUAAUGAAAGGCAUCUUCUUCACAUGACUAGAACAUGGAGGAAUUUAGAUCUCUUCAGUGGCUGAAAUGACUUUUUGUAUCUGGCAGCAAGACAAAUCCAUACUGUUUUAUCAGAGGUACACUCAUCAAGAUUUUUAUUUGAGAAGUCAGAAAAAUGUUGAAAAGGCAAAUAAACUCACCACCCACACACACACAAACACACAAUACCUUUUUUAUCCCAGCAUUUGGUUCUGAGAGAUGACCUAUAUAUCUGACAAACGUUUAAACUGUCAGUAAUGCAAUGUAAAUUGUAUGGUUAAUGCCCCCCUCCCCAAAAAGGUGAAUUGGAAAAAUUCUCCAAGUCAGCUGUGUUUAACUAUUUUGACCUAAAUUUGCAAUUGACUUCGAAUUGCGGACAAUUAUUACCUUAGUAAAUAACCCUGGUAUUCACACACACACUUCCAUCACUGAUGUAAGUGGUAUGUUUCCACUUCAGCCACUGAAAUCUGAAUGUUCUUUUGGUGUUGAGUAGGAAAUGUCUUUCUAUCUCACGAUCCAUUUCUGCAAAUUGUGGAAGAUCUGACUAGCGCAGGGAGUGAGGGACUCUGUUAGCAUACAAUGCAUGUUUUCUAUUUGACUUGAACUAGGCUCCAAGUGCAUUUGAUAAUUUUGUUUUGCCAGCUCAGCCUUUCAUUGCCCGUACCUCACUAUCUCUACAGUAAAGGAGAGAUUUUUCUGCAGGCCGGUGUGAAAAAUCAUUUUAAUGAUGUAUGCAAUAGUUUCCAUGUGUCAAUAUGUUACAUAUGUUACAAUAGGAAAAGAGAGCAAUGAGUAAUGU